AUGUUGUUAGAAUAUCCUCAAGUCGUACUGUUUCUGAUCGCGUGUGCUGCGAUAGCAAACUUUGAAGCGUUCAUUGCGACUGAUUUCAAUAACCAGCCUCAUUCUGUCAGAUUACCCCCGUUUGUCCCCCUUACACGCAAUGAGAUCAUCUUUACGCCGGUGGAGUCAAUGACACAAGCUCUACGUCAGCAUGGACCCGUAAUCUCGAUCAGAAGAAAUGGCAAGAUCGAAUACCUUGUAUCAGAAGCGUUCACUCGUCGUGUUCUGACAGAUGAAUCAUCGUUCAGCUUCGAGCAUGGCAUUUCAAAAUUUCUUCACCUACAUACGGUAUUCCGACUGCAUGGUGGAACCUUUUUCCGUGAUAUGGAUUUCAUUCUGAAAGACUAUCUGGGCCCAUCAAAAGAGAAGAUGAUUCAAAAGAUUUGGUCUAUUUUCAAUAGUAGUUCCAGCGCCUUGGCAAAAUCGUGCCCCACAACACCUAUCGAUGUUCUACCUCUUAUCCAGAAAACCAUGGCAGAGGCCACAAUUAGUAUCUUUUUUGGUUCGGAUUAUGAGAGUGAGGAGAACAUCCAUCGCGUUAUUCAUAUUGCUGAAGACAUUGCCGACUUCAUGGGCCUAUUUCAAAAUCAAUCCAAAUUAGUUAGAUUUUCACCAAUUUUGUGGCGAAUCUAUACAUGGCUUACAGUCGUGUUCAUCCGCAUCCCAUAUCACAUCGGCCCUCGACUGACUCGCCAGAUAUGGCUUCAGAUUAGUUCUAAGCGAGAUAUCUCUGAUAAUUCGAACGAUUCCUUGAUAGAGUAUUUGGCAAGAAGAUACACGACUCCUGGAAGUACAAUAUCCUUAGGUUCGAGACUCUGGAUCUUCGUCUUGAUGUUCACCGUCGUAUUUGCGAGCCUACAUCAAACUGCGACAAUCAUGACUUGGGUUACUUUCUACCUGGCCACUGACUUGAAACGCCAAGACUGGCUUUACGAAGAGGCCAUCGAACUAUACGGUCGUGAGAGCGACAUGACUCAGAUGAGUUUUCGGGAGCUGCGAAAAGCAUCCCGCACAGAUUCUUUUAUUCGCGAAGUCCUUCGCAUGAAGGGCGAUAGCGUUAACCUGGUCCGAGCAACUAUUCGUGAUGUGAACUUAGGAGGCUAUUUAAUCCCCAAAGGAGCGGUUGUCUUGCCCGUAACAUACCUUUCCUAUCGAUCAUCUAGGCAUCACAUUGAUCCAGAUAAUUUUGAUCCGGAACGCUGGAUGGGGAGUGGUAAGUUCGCUGAGACCACUGGGCCUGGUUAUCUAGCUUUUGGCCUUGGAAAGUGGUCCUGCCCAGGCCGUGGUCUAGCAGUAAUAGAAAUGAAGUGUUGGACUAUUGCCUUGGUCCACUUCAUGCGAUUGAAAAUGGAUCAGAAUCGAUUUCAGAUAGUGGACCCUUACAACAUUACCAGCGUUCCACCUAAAGGCUUAAUUCAAUUCAGCACGCGAUGA